AAGCAUCAAGCCUAGAAUACUAAUUCUAGGCCCUACAACGCACCUCAUCCAAGGGAACACUGGAUUCUCCGUGCCCUGCUGUGACGUGCACCCUCGCAGAUGGCAGCAUGGUUAAGUGGGGGUGUGAAGGAAGCUUGCGCGACUUGUCACGAUGGACAUUCUGGCUGGGUUGAAGAAUUACGUCAUAUCUUGCCGGUUGUAUAUUUUACAACUUUGCACCCCCGAGCGUGGUUGUUUACAACUAUUGACCUCGAACUCAAUUCCUUCUUCCAAAACCCAAACUAUCGGACAAUACCACUACAAACAUCCCAGCUCUGGCUACGUUAUGGAGACUAUCAGCAACGUAGCCUCAAGUGCCAGCAAGAUGAUUUGGGGAGAGAAGAAUAUUACUACUACUCAGAGAAAUGACGUGGUGGGCCAGGAGCCGAUCUCCGGCAAGCAGGGCAAGGGUACUGCGUACGAGCCCUUUGACCAAGGUAACUUAGAGAUCUUAACUUCUACAGCUACCAACACAUCCGGUUCCUCAGACCUACUAACCUCAGCUUCUUCCGAACCAAACAUGUCAUACAAUGCAAACAACGCGGCAAGCAGAGCCCCACCCCGUCCUGAACACGAAAACGAAAAAACAGGUGUAGUCGGCGGCAUGAGCGACUCCGCAAAAAGGUCCGAUGUGAUCCCCUCUGAAUCCCAACCUAGCUCUGGUGGUGUCCCCGAAUCCGGAGCUAUUCCAUCCCAGAAGCAACAAGGCGCCGACCGACCAGACGAAACUCCCGCCAGCGAGUCGGUAGGCGCCGUCGGGAAGAAAAAAGACGAAUCCGAAAACGUGCUCAAGAAGCGCGACCCGAACGACCACUCAGGAGAAACCAUGCAAAUGCACGGCGCACAGAAAGUUCCACAUUCCCAAGAAGAACGCCGAGAAUCCAAAGUUGGAAACCCGGGUGGCCAGGAGCAUGGCAAGGAAGAGAGAGGUACUGGCGAAGAAUGGGUAAAGACGUCUGGUCUGGCCGCUGAUGGUGGGGACUUCGAUGCCAUUAAGCCUGGCGCUGGCAGAGAAGCUGAUCGUUUGAUGGAGGAAAGGUUCAAGAAGACUGCCUCAGAUGAACAUCAGCCCGCGCCCUCGGCUGGUCCUGCUGCUGGUGAGAAAAUAAAGGUGCCGAUGGGUCAGAAGAUUAAGGAGAAGUUGCAUAUUGGACACAAGGAGAAGUCCUAGAAGUCUUAGUCAUGCAUCAUGAAUUUGGAUGACUGGGUAGGGAGGUAUACUACCUUGGAGCUCAACCUAAAAUGGCUCUUCACAUCGCUCCGUGCCACUAGUUAUCUUUCUCAGGCCUAGUAAAUGCUUGUAAAGGGUUAUGAAUUCGGUAUCAAAUUUUAAUACUACUUAUAUAACAAUAUACACAUCGUGCACGACGCC